AGAUUUAAGCGCACAAGUUUAACAAAGAUGCUACCUACAAAACAUAGUAUUAAUUGAGUGUCUCAUUGCAUAGUCAUAUUGUGUCUAUCGUAUUUAGGAUUGAAACAAUGAUAAAAGCCUCUAGAAAUUUUUACGAAGUUAGUGUUCGUGAGGCAUAUUUUAGAAAAAUCUAGCAAAUUUUUAAACGGGUUAUUCUGACAUUGCGGAGUACAUAUGCUGAUACUGUGUACAAACAAGUCCUGAAUUUAACCCACUACAAUUUUAAAAUAGUUUACGAAGAAUUUACAGACUGGUCCAAAAAUUUGAAUGUUAUUUCAAAAUUAUGGAGUUGCAUUUUGGGCCACCCUGUGAUACACUCGGCAGUAACAUGUUCCCAUGUGGUGGACGCUUUUGAGAGAAUUAAGGUCAAACUGUCAACAAAAUUAUCUACAAACCACUUUAUAGGACUACAAUCGACAAUCGCAAUAAAGUUAAACUAUAUUGUUGCGAUCGUAAAUUAAAUGAGCUCUUCGACUGACUAGACUUGGGUUUGAAAGGGGCAAAGGUAGCAAGAUAGCAUGCCUUGAGUUAUUUGUCGAUUCAAUCAUAAGCGGUAUAUUGUUUUUACUGAAUCUAGAGGCGAAAGAUGCAUAGGUUAGGACUAGGUUAAAGGAUUAUCCUCGUGAAUAACAAUAUACAGAUACAUUUUGGGAUAAAUCAAGUUUGUAUGUGAAUAGAAUAGCUUCUACAUGUAUUCGCUAAGUAAAAACAAUAACCCGGAUACAAACUCAAAACUAAGCCAAGUACGAAUUGUAUGCCGUUAUAAAAUGAAGUAAACAUUACUAUGAUAUCUCUAUGUACACCGUCACAUAUAGAUAAUCUAGUUAUUGGGCUCGUAGUUCAAACGAAUCAUAGUUAUCUUCGGACCAAACACCCAACAUUUGGAAUAUCGAACAUAGACGAUGACUCCAAAACAAAGCAAAGUUGGAAUACUCUAAAACGAAUGAAUAACAAAUUCAGGGAAAUCCAGGAACAUUGUGUUUAAGUUGAUCCUAAAUCGGAAUAGAAAUGCACACGAAUAGGAUAGUUUCAUCACUAACGCUAUGGGGCACACUUAUCUUAUUAAAUACUGUGUCAUCCAAAAUCAUGCAGCUGUCUCCGUGCAAGGCAGAUGUCCACGGGAGAUUGAUAAACCUGGAACCUUUGCAAGGAGUUGACGGCACUCCAAGGUUUACAUCAAUCUUCAAUGACAAUGUGUACACCUUCAACCCUUGCAAACCAUAUAGGGAACCACCGAGCGAAGAGGUGGACUACCAACAUAUUGGCCAGUGCCGACAAGUCGCGCUUUGUAGGGAAGAAAAGAUCAAAAAUGGCACUGAAGACUUAAAGGUUUUCUCCACCCUGGGUUCACAGGGGAAUGUUCGUUUCAAACGAGCAGGGCCACAGCAUAGGGAGAUCAUACAACUCCGCUUUAAGGGACGAGGGCGCGAGAAACAGACGAGAUCCUAUAUCAUUCUUGUAUGUGCAGUGGAAAAGGUUCAACUUGUCGAUGCAGUCUUUAAAGUAUUCCAAGAUAAUGGACGUCACGAUGGAGAAAAUGAAAUAUAUGGCGAGCUGCAUCAUCUUUGUGCGUGUCCAGGGGGGUGCCCCGAGGGCAUUGUGCUAAACGAUACCAUACCAGACGUCAACUUCAAUGGAGGGGAGCUAGAAAUAGGGCCCAUCAAAGAUCCAAAAGUACCAAUAACUAAAUCGUGGAAUAAGAAAUCUAAAAAGCAUGAGAAUCUUACAAAGGAAAAGUUUCCUAUCGUUGAUGAACCUCAAAAUGACCAGCCCGUACAACACAACCACCCUGACAAUGACGAGCCUCAUGCAGAAUGGGCUGAGGAAGAGUCUUAUGUUCAUGUGAAGCAUGAUUUGUUGAACGAUGACUUAAGUGUUGAGGAACCUUUUGUUUACGAUGAUUACGAUGGUAAUUUAGAAUUCCUAGCGGAGGUCAAAAGGAGAAGGAAGCUAGACCCAAACUUUAAGUUGCAUUCUGACCAUUCGUCUGAAGGAGACUGGUCAAGUAGUGAACUCGGUGACAGUAGCGAUGAUGGUUCUUCGAGCAGCGAGGAAGACAGGCGUCCACAGAAGGCACGUAUCCCAGACUCCCAUGCAUUAAUGGCAUUAAUGAUCUUCCUUCUGGGGCUGAUGGGAGCUGGUCUCCUCAUUGGAACCAUCUGUUACUGUAGUAGGAACAAGAGUUUAACACCGCACAAAAAUACUAUGCCAGGUUUGAGAUCCAUAAUGAGUGACAGCGUAGACGAUGUCCAAACCCAACUAUCAAACAAGGACUUUUUUGAAUAUUCACCAAAACCUCAAGAAAAAACAUCACAGUUCCCAGUCCUUUCUAAUUGUGUGAUUCCAAAGUCAGAAUUUGAAACUGGACAAAGGUUAGGGGGUGGUCUGUUUGCUGAUACAUACAUAGGAGAAUGGAAAGAGCGUGCAGUUGUUGUAAAGAGGUUAACCAUAGGAAUACAUACAUAUGGCCUCUCUGGUGAAGAUUCUGAAUGGUUACUUAAUGAAGUCAAAAUACUUAGCAAGCUUCGUCACAAGUACAUAGUGAGGAUGAUUGGGGUUUGCCUGGAGAGCAAGACCCCACGGCUAGUGUGUGAACAUAUAGAUGGGAAGACUGUCAGGACGAUCUUGAAUGAAAAUGGAAAGGCAUUGUUAUGGCAACAUAAAAUUAAAAUGUGUCAACAAGCUGUAGAAGGUGUGAUCUACUUACACCACAGCAAGCCAAGUAUACUUCACAGAGAUCUUAGGUGUGCUAACCUUAUAGUAGACCAAAAUGAAAGAGUCCGGGUGGGUGACUUUGGAAUAGUAAAAUUAACACAAAGACUCCGAGAACAAUGUAAUGAAGGAGACACAUGUUAUUGUCAGAAAGAAUACAGCGCAUUGCCUGCAUCAAUUCGUUGGUCUGCCCCAGAGAUAUUCCAGUUUCCAAACACUCACAACCCUAACAUUAUCACCUCUGCCUGUGAUGUAUAUUCCUUUGGUAUGGUGCUAUGGGAGAUGUGUACCCAUAUGGAACCAUUUGCUGAUAUUCUUAAUGAGCAACAGGUAAUGGAUACAGUAAAGGAGGGGGUGCGACCACCUAUCCCAAAUGACAAUUCUAUUCCAUCUAAAUAUAAAGACCUUAUGAUGGAUUGCUGGGAAAAUGAACCUAAGAGACGACCAACCUUCAAAAAGGUUGCAGUAGCUUUGAAAGAAAUACAAUCCGCGGUCAAUUCAUUCCAAAACAUUAAGCGGAAACGUCAAAAAUCUUCAACAUUCAGAUCGUCGACGUCUGUGACAUUUGCCAGUGAUUUCGCAGAUGCCAAUGAUGUGCACAAGAGUAAUGGGAGUACUUUUUACACAUCUCAACAGAUUUGAGAAACUGAGAAAUAAAUUGACAAAAUCAUUAGGAAUAGGCCAUUUAAUGUAUGCUCAGCACUGAUUGAGACAAUUUGCUCAAAGUUGCACACUUCACACUCAUAUAAAGUUGCAACAUAAGAACUUUCUCUUGGACACUGAAUAAGUGAAUGUUACAUAAAUGGAUUUAUGAUUAUGAGGGUUGUUCAAAAAAUACAAGAAUGAAUAUUCCUAAUUUUGAACUCCAUAGAGCAGCAAAUCCCUGAAUAACCAUAUAAUAAAAGACACAGUGAUAUAACAUUUUAGCAAAAAUUCAAAAUGGCUACCAAGUAAUUUACCCAGCAUGCCCAAAACCUAAUCAGAUCCUGGCA